AUGCAGUCUCAUGACUUAGUCUUUGCUCCACUACCUAUUAAAGAAGGAGACAAGACCUUCAUAGGCAGCUUCCAUUCAGGCACCCAGAAGGACACAGAAAGGCAAGACAAUUUAACAGAGCUAACUGUAUUAGCUGGUGGAGACUGUUCCCAGCUCAUCUUCAUGUUGCCCAUUUUAUUCUCUGCAUUCAUCCUGUCUGCUUGCUGCACAGCCAAAGGAAACUGCAUCUCCUAUGAUGAGUUGAGAGAGCUGAAGACUGAAUUUGCCAUCAGUCUCUACCGGCAGGUGUCUGAAGCAGAGAACAGGACCAAUCUGGUAGUCUCUCCAGCAAGUGUGGCUGUUUCUUUGGAGCUGCUGCAGUUUGGAGCUCAAGGAAAUACCUUUACAGAGCUGCAAGAUGUCCUAGGAUACAGCAUUCAUGACCAAAGCGUGCAGGAUUUCAUGCACACGGUGGAUGAAGCAGUGACUGACUCCAGCCAAGGCACAGUGGUCCAGCUGGGAUGUUCCCUCCUUGUGGAUGCAGGCGUGCAGCUCUCGCCCGACUUCGCCAAGCGUGCCGCGCGCUGGGCCAACAGCAGCCUGCUCCAAACCAACCUCACCGACCCCAACACCACCCACACACAGGAGUGGAUCACCACUGACCUUGCAGAUGGGGAUAUGCACGGGAUGACACCAGAGAGCGCUGGGUCAUCGCUCAGCCAGGUCACCCUGGUGAGCACCCUGUACUUCAGAAGCACGUGGCAAAAGAAGUUUUCCUUCAUGGAUUCCCAGAUGUUGCCUUUUACCACGCCAGAGGGCUUGACCCUGAAAGUGCCUACCAUGCACCACACAGCUGAAGUUAACUAUGGCCAGUUCCAGACUGCAGCUCUGGAGGCUUUCAGCGUGGUCGAGUUACCCUACCUGGGAGAGAAACUCAGUAUGUUCCUUGUGCUUCCCAGCCACAAAAGAACACCUCUGUCCCAGAUUGAGUCUCACCUUUCUGCCAAAACCAUAACCCUCUGGGCCAACAGCUUGAAGAGAACAAAGAUGGACAUUUUUCUGCCUAGGUUCAGUAUUCAAAGCCUUUUUGACCUAAAGACAGUUCUUUCUGCCUUGGGAAUUAGAGAUGCAUUUGAUCUCAUCACUGCUAAUUUUAAAGGCAUUUCAGAGCAAGAUAGUCUUUAUAUUUCAGAAGCUAUCCACAAAGCAGAGAUUGAAGUAACAGAAGAUGGUACAAAGGCAUCAGGAGCUACAGCAAUGGUCUUACUGAAAAGAUCUCGAACACCUAUUUUCAAAGCAGACCGACCUUUCACAUUUUUCCUGAGACAAGCUAAUACAGGUAUGCAUGCUCUGCCUUCCAGGAGCAGAAUCCCACACAGGUAG